CCCCAACCUGCAGCCCUGCUUCCACACGACCACAACCACAGGCAACGCAACCCCCAAACCCAAAACCCUACCACGGCGCCCAUGGCUUCGCCGCCGCCUCCUCCUGCCCGGCACCCCACCUCCGCAGCAACCGCCGCUGCGGCGGGCAAUGGCCACGACACCUCCGCAGCAACCGCCGCUGCGGCGGGAAAUAGCCACGCCACCUCCGCUUCGCCGGUGGACGCCCUCUUCCUCCAGAACCUCAUGACCCGCGUCCAGCUCCGCCCGCCCUUCCUCGACACCAACUCAUUCCUCACCCAGGACCUUGACGACUUCCUCCUCAACGAGUUCGCCGCGCUAUCCGCCGCUGCAGGGGCGUCGGAUGAUGACGAAGACGUGGAGGAUGAGGAUGGUGGGCUCGCUGGCGGGGAGGGCUCCGGGGAGGCGAGGCGGCGGCGGAUGCUGGCGAGGGAGGAGGCGAAGCUGGAGAAGGAGAUUGUGCGGAUGGUGCUGGCCGGGGAGGCCGAGGACAAGCUCAAGCCCAAUUCGGGCCAGUCCGUGGCUGUCGGCGACCACCACCUCUGCGUCGGUUUCCACGACGAUGCCAGCGGGGAGUAUCGCAUCUGGGAAUGGCAUGGCCACGUCAUGCUGUUCGACGACGAGGAAGGAUACUCCGCAGAGUACAUUUAUGGCAACCACUUCGAGCCGCUCGCUGCUGCCACAGCCAGGGCCAAGAAGAAGGAGAAGGAGAUGAGAGAGAAGGAAUUGAGCAUGGGUCUUCGGGAUUUGGUCGUGGACACUGACGACGGUGGCAAUGCCAAUCGCUCCAAGGAGAACGGUAGCAGCGGAGGGCCCAGGGUAGUGCGCAGGAAUGUCGUCAAUGGCCCAACCACGCCUGCUAGGUAAUGGCUUUCUAGAGCUUGCAGUGUGCUUGGUGGAAGAAGCAGUGCCGCAGUGCAUCAAUCUGUGUGACAAAAACAAAUAAAGAUCUGUUGUCCUUUUCUCGCUUAUAGCUGUUUAAGCUGUCUAUUGUAUUCUGUUGAGAAAUCAAUCACAUCUAUACUUUGCUUCUGUU